GGCUUCCCUGCGGCCGCUGAUCAUUUACACGCUUCCAAGGGGAUUCGGAGCACGCUGCGGCGCGGCGCUCUCUCGGCGGGGGACGCCGGCUCGGUGGAUUGUACGCAGUUCGCGGGAUUCCCUUCCUCUCUUCGGGGCUUGGGGCUGGGCGUGCGUGUGAAAGAAUCAUUUAAAAAACAAGAAACAAGGCAUCGCUUUCCGAAGCCGGGCAGGAAAGGAUCCCAUUGAGACGGGAGGCGUCUGACUGCUUGGAGGAGCGCCGGAGCCGCCUCGGCUCCACCGUGGCGUAAAACUAUAUCGCAGAGAUUUAGUGAUGGAGACCAACUGGAUCACAUGGCUGCUGCUUCUUUUAGCUGUUACUCCGGUUUCCGUCACAGCAGUCCCAGAAGCGGGACACAUGAAUUUCACGAAUGAAAUCAGCACUGAUGGGACAGAACAUAAUCUCCAUACACUGGGUGUAACGAAUAAUAAAAUUAUGACAGCGCAGUACGAAUGCUACCAGAAAAUCAUGCAGGCUCCAGCUAACACAAUUGAAGGUCCACACUGCAACAGAACAUGGGAUGGGUGGUUAUGUUGGGACAGUGCGUCUGCAGGAGUUGAUCUGGUGCAGAACUGCCCCGAUUACUUCCAGGACUUUGAUCCAUCAGAAAAAGUCAUUAAGAGCUGUGACCAAAAUGGACACUGGUUUAUACAUCCAGAAAGUAACAGAACGUGGACAAACUACACAAUGUGUACCUUAGGAGUAACUUCAAAACUACAGACAGCUCUGAAUUUGUAUUAUCUCACGAUCAUUGGCCACAGCCUCUCCAUUGUUUCAUUGUUGAUUUCCCUUCUCAUAUUCUCCUACUUUAAGAGCCUGAGUUGCCAAAGGAUCACUCUGCAUAAGAAUCUUUUUUUCUCUUUUGUGUGCAACUCCAUUGUCACAAUUAUUAGCCUUUCAGGAGUGGCAAACAAUCAGCAAUUGGUCGCAGCCAAUCCGAUCGGAUUCCCAUUGAUUCCUUCCUGCAUACACGCUGUUGCAAGGGCCAUAUAUUUCAACGACAACUGCUGGAUCAGUUCAGAUACUCACAUGUUGUAUAUCAUCCAUGGUCCUAUUUGUGCUGCUCUUGUGGUGAAUCUCUUUUUCCUGUUGAACAUUGUCCGCGUUCUGAUAACCAAGCUAAAAGUCACCCACCGCGCGGAAUCGAAUCUCUACAUGAAAGCUGUCAGAGCCACCCUAAUCUUGGUGCCACUUCUUGGUAUUGAGUUUGUGUUGAUGCCUUGGCGACCAGAGGGCCGUAUCGCUGAAGAGAUUUAUGACUAUAUAAUCAAUAUUCUUAUGCACUAUCAGGGUUUGUUGGUAGCAACGAUCUUCUGCUUUUUUAACGGAGAGGUCCAGUCUGUUAUCCGAAGGCACUGGAAUCAAUACAAGAUCCAAUUUGAUAACAGCUUUGCUCACUCGGACGCCAUUCGCUCAGCUUCCUACACUGUCUCCUCAAUCACAGAUGCUCAGAGCUUCACCUCCAAUCACGACUGCGCCAGUGAACAUUUAAAUGGGAAAACCUGCCACGACAAGGAAAAUUCGAUUAUUUAAAACUGAAAAAGUUGUGUGGCUGAUUGUGGAAAACUCUCGUUGUUCCCGCCCUCCCCCAAAUAUUUUUUGAGUGGAUGACCCCAAGAGGACUUUUCUUGUCAAGCUACCGACAUGGAUAUUCUUGAAGGAUGUCAUGAAUUUCAAUGUGUUUCUCACAUGGGCAUAUGCAUUAGCAUAUCCCACAUGUGAGUAUGUGUGUGUUCUCCUUGCUUGUUUAUACUGGAGCCGGUCACACCCGACAAACUGAUAUUCUAAACUUUGACCUCUUGAUCCCCAACAUUCGGGGGGAGACUGGUUGAAAUUUUAAUUGGGGUUGGUCCAGCUCCAGGUACAUGCAUAUAUGUAUAUGUUUUGUGCAUAUAUGUAUCAAAAUAUAUAAACUUUUUGCCUUUUCAGUUUCUACUGUGUAGACAAAGUGGGCAAUUAUUUUGUAUGAAGGGAAUCGGAGACGGUUUUCCUGUUUUCUCAGAAGUUUGUAUCGCGACUGGGUUGUCUUUGAGGCCAUUUUGUUUUGCUCACACACAAAAAGAACUUUGUAAAUACUAUAUUUAUCAUAUUUUGUUGUCUUAAGUGUAGCCAACAAACGCAACCUAAAAUAAGCCUUGAAAGCAGAUGUAAUCACUGCAAAGCACAAACUGUGCGACAUUUAAACCCAGACAAAGAUGGAUUGUCAUAGAUAAUGGAUCUGCAAUAGAGAUAAUGACUCCAACCUCAUUCAAAUUAGUGAAGCUGUCUGCCUUCAAGGGAAUGUAGGCUGAAACUUGGCUUGGCGCUAGGACCUGUGGAAUUGAGUGGGCCUUGUUUCUGAGUAGGCAUGCAUGGACUCAGGUGGUCCAUCACGACUAAUGUCAGCUAGACUGAGGCUAAUGAGUUGUCUUGUUUUAACCUUUGUCUUAAACUGAGUGUGUAGCAAAUGCUGUGGAAACCUGAGGUCUGCAUUUGGGCGAGUGGGCUUCUUCUUCUUCUUCUUCUUCUUCUUCUUCUUCUUC